CGAAACUACGGCUUCUUUCAGGUUGUGAACCACGGAGUUCCAGAGGAAGUGGUCGAGAAGAUGGUGAAUGUGUCUAGGGAGUUCUUCCGUCUACCGGAGAGUGAGAGGAUGAAGAGCUACUCCGACGAUGCAACAAAGACGAAGCUGUCCACCAGUUUCAAUGUCAAAACCGAGAAAGUUGCAAACUGGAGAGACUUCUUGAGGCUAUUCUGUCAUCCUCUUGGGGACUACAUCCAUGAAUGGCCCACCAACCCUCCAUCAUUCAGAGAAGAUGUGGGUGAGUACUGCAGAAAAAUGAGGGAGUUAUCGCUGAGAUUGCUGGAGGCGAUAUCAGAGAGCCUGGGGUUAGAGAAUGAUUACAUAAACAAGGCGUUAGGGCAGCACGGGCAACACAUGGCGAUAAACUACUAUCCGCCGUGUCCAGAGCCGGAGCUGACCUACGGGCUGCCCGCCCAUGCUGACCCCAACGCCGUUACGCUUCUCCUGCAAGACGGUCCCGGAUUACAGGUCCUCAGGGACGGCAAGUGGCUCGCCGUUAAUCCUAUUCCCAACACCUUCACUGUCAAUAUCGGCGACCAGGUUCAGGCGAUCAGCAACGACAGGUACAAGAGUGUGUUGCACCGAGCAGUGGUGAACUGUGCGAAGGAGAGGAUGUCUAUCCCAACGUUCUAUUGCCCAUCACCGGACGCUGUGAUUGGUCCAGCACCCGACCUCAUAGACCCUCAUCAUCCUGCGCAGUACCGGAAUUUCACCUACGGUGAAUACUACCACCAGUUCUGGAACAGAGGCCUCGCCAAGGAAACUUGCCUCGACCUUUUUAAGGCUGAUUGAAUCAUUAAAUCAUAUUUUUAAUUUUUAAUUUAAUUGCCCAGUUAUAGCUCCGUUUAAUUUCAUCUGCAUAUGAUUGACCCAGUUCUUCAUGGUUAAUAAAUUUUAAUUCCCUGUUUGACAAAUA